CUCACUCGCCCAGCCUUCCUAGAGUUGGUCUGAGCUCUCCCGGAUUCAGCUUACAGUUCCAUCCUUCUGCUGCUGCGAUGGGUCUGGCGAUCUCGAGGAUGGUGAGGAUGCUGUUUGCGAAGCGGGAGAUGAGGAUACUGAUGGUGGGCCUUGAUGCAGCCGGGAAGACCACAAUUUUGUAUAAGCUGAAGCUCGGAGAGGUCAUCACCACCAUCCCAACUAUUGGUUUUAAUGUGGAGACUGUGGAAUACAAGAAUGUCAGCUUCACAGUGUGGGAUGUUGGGGGCCAAGAUAAGAUUCGACCUUUAUGGAGGCAUUACUUUCAGAAUACCCAAGGACUCAUAUUUGUAGUUGACAGCAAUGAUAAAGAACGGAUUUUAGAAGCUAGAGAUGAGCUACAUCGGAUGUUGGGUGAGGAUGAACUACAAGGUGCAACAUUGCUUGUGUUCGCCAAUAAGCAAGACCUUCCAAAUGCAAUGAGCGUAUCUGAAAUUACUGAUAAGCUUGGGUUACAUGCACUUCGCCAGCGCCGCUGGUAUAUCCAGAGUGCUUGCGCCACCACAGGGGAGGGACUUUAUGAAGGCCUUGAUUGGCUGUCAAGUAAUAUAUCUGAUAAGACAAGAUAAUCCAUUUCUUCUAUUACUAGACAGAUCCAGUGUUUCUACUGCCUGCUACUGUGAUUUCCUAUGGCCAUAAAAAGGGUGAAGAUAAUUUCUAUAUUGUUUAACAUGAACAGCUUAUUUUUGCUUAUUUUUGUUCCUGUUGCUUGUAUAUGAAGCUACCUUAUGGUGUGGUAUUCUGCAACUUUGUGAUGGAUUAUAAUACAAAGGUGUAUCAGUGUACAUGCA